AUGACAUCGAUUCAUCAAUUGGUGGAUGAAUCACUGAGGAAGGAUAUCAACAGAACUUUCUCAGUUGUAAAGAACUAUCUCAGACAGAGAUUAAUCAAGUCGACCACCAAUGUAGCCACAGCCCAAGCCACACCAACCAUCAAUACGACCACUACCACAUCAACAACAACAGAGACCUUGUCGCCCACAAUACCCACCAACCUAAACAAUCAAUCACCCUCGAACCCAACUUCACAUACAAACGACGAUGACACCGUAGCAAAGAAAGCCGCAGCAGCGGCAGCAGCAGCCACAUUGAAAGAGGACCAUGAGAGAGUACUACGAGAGUUGAAAGAGCUGGAAACUGAGCACUUGAAGCCUGGACAUAAAUAUAAGGAGACGUUCUCAUGCGAGCAUAGGGAUAACAUCCCCGAGUAUCUAAGGCGUGACUAUAUACUUUAUGGCUAUCGCGUCAAUUACUCAUGGGUCCUGGCAUUCAAGUCCAUGAUCAUACCGAACCACAACGAAUUCGCCAACAUCCACUCACAUCUCUGGCCCGCCGUCUACUUUAUAUACCUGCUGCUCGACGUGCUCUACAUCCGUGCCGACACGUUUGACUACACCAGCAAGCUUGUGCUGGGCAUCUUCUUGCUCAGCGGUCUGACGACCUUUACCUGCUCGGUUUCAUGGCACACACUUGGCUGCCACAACAUCACUACAUGGAAGCGCCUGUUGCUAUGCGACUACAUGGGCAUCAUCUUCCUGAUCGUCGGCUCUUUCUACCCGCCACUCUACUACGCCUUCCGCUGCCACCCAACCCUGAUGACCGGCUACCUGACAACCAUCACAGUGCUGGGCGUGGGCCUGGCCUGCUUAAUAUUCAUUCCAUCGUUUGCGCAUCACAACCGUCUGCGAACGGUGUUCUUCUCGCUGACGGCCUUCUUUGGCAUUGUGCCAACGAUGCACUCGCUGUACAUAUUCCCCACGGCCGAGAUGGGCCUGGCCUUCUUCAUCAGGAUCAACACGAUGUUUGCCCUGUUUGGCUUUGGUCUCAUUUUCUACGUUGGUCGUAUCCCAGAACGAUGGUUCCCUGGCGUUCUGGACAACAUCAUCAGCAGUCAUGCCAUGUGGCAUCUCUUUACAUUCCUUGCGCCACUCUAUCAUUAUCACACAUGCAUUCAAGCUUCCACUCUUAAUCUUACCUGUUCAGCCCUGUCACUAUAA